AUGACAGCCUAUUUAUCUACUAAAUCCAGUGAACAACAAAUAGCUCCUAAUAAUAUACUAUCUAUAACAUCUAAAGCUCUUCUCAAAUUAAAAGAUAUGUUAGAAGAAUAUAAACAUAGACAUAAUAAGAAAUAUGUUGCUAUACGUCUAACUUUACUUAAAAGUGGAUGCUCUGGUUACUCCUAUAAGUUGUUGUUUGAUGACCUUUACAAUAAUACAGAAAAUCAAACUAAAAAUAAAGAAUGUUUGAUCAAUUUCAAAGAUGAUUCUGGUGCAAAAAAUAUAGAAGUCCCAAUAAUAAUAGAAUCUAAUUCUUUAACAACUUUGUUUGGAACAAAAAUUGAUUUUAGUGAAAAUGAACUAGAUUCCCAAUUUACCUUCUAUAAUAAACUACAUAUUGGAUGUUGUGACUGUGGCAAAAGUUAUAUGUUUGAGGAUAAUAAAGAAAAUAUUCACCAUAAUAUAAAAACAAAUUAUAUUACAAAAAAUAAUUUUGUAGAGUGUAUAUAA